AUGCCAUUCAUCGCAAACUACAAAGCGACAUUAAAAUGCGGCCAAGAAAGAAAAUUCAAAAUUUCACUCAACACAACCGAAUUCGUUCAGUCUAAUUACUCAAGAUUCAAGUGUCAUAACAAAUUCUACGAAACACGUUGGUGUGAAGGAAAAAAUAUCGGAUUUAUCAAUAAAAACUUCACAUUUUACAGUAAAGCAGAGAUAAACUUUGAUAAACCAUUCCUUGUACCGGGUCCUAGAGCUCCUCCUUUCGAUAAAAUAGACGAAAGAUGGAAUGGCGAACCAAUUAUCAUGAAAACACUUUAUAAUGACACAAUUCCUAUAAUAAGAGGUAAUUCAUAUGUUUACGGCACGUUUUGGAACGAGCAGAUGCUUUGGCACUCUAUUUUCGACUUCAUUGUCCCAUUUUUGACAUUCACCAAAUAUUUUACAAAAGACAACCGCGAAAACCGAACAAUUUUUGUUCACCAUUACGGUGACCUUGAAUUUUCUGAGUAUUUACAAACAAUUGGUGAAAUCAAAAUUCUUGAACGCGAAAAUGACUUUUUAAUGGAACAUUGCUAUGUAGGUAUAGACAAAUUCGAAGAUAAUCCAUACGACAAUCGUCCUUUUGAUGAUUCUAUAUCAUUUUCAUACAAUUUUUUAAGAUCAGAUUAUAAUAAUCUUCGAAAUCAAACUCUUUUGCUUAAUAAUGUUUCAUUACUAGGUUUUGGUAUCAAUAACAAGCCAUUGGUAUUAAUUAUCGAUCGAAAUACCUCGAAACGAAACAUUACAAAUCAAAAUGAAUUUUAUUUAACAAUUAAAAAAAUUUUUAAUGAUUGUGAAGUUAUCAACAUCAAUCUUGAUCAUAUGCAUCCGCGAGAUCAGUUGUAUUACUUUGCACGAUGUAGUUUUGUUAUUGGUGUUCAUGGAAGUGGAUUAACAAAUGUUGUUUUCAUGAAUAAUUAUUGUUCAAAACGAAAGACACAUUUGUUAGAAAUUCUUCCACUUAAUUAUAGUUGUAGAAACUGGUUUAAUGUUGCUUGUAACUAUUCUGGAGUUAGAUAUCACAAGAUAAUGUCGAAUCAAACUAUUCAUGAAGAUUAUAAUACUAAAAACUGUCGAAAAUAUUCAUAUAAAUGUUCAACAUCAUCAUGUCAUGACAUUUUGAGAGAUCAGGACAUCACUGUUCCUAUCCACGAAUUUGAAGAAAUUCUCAAUGAAAUUCACAAUGAAAUCAAAGAUUCUGAAACAUUUAAUGAGUUUGGAGUUGUCCCAAUUUACCGAGAGAAUGAUGAAAUAGAAGAAAUAGAUGAUGAUCUAUAA